AUGCUGAAGGUAUUCCUCUUCCUCCUUCUUGGUGCGAGCUGCGCCAAUGCCAAUGGCCCUGUCCAGACAGUUAACACCUAUUCUGGACAAAUAUACUACACCGAGGAUUGGAAUUAUUCGAACAUUAGAACCGGCGCUCACACUUUCUGGUGGUUAUAUGCAGCUCAGCCAGCUAAUAAUCGACCAAUCAUCCUAUGGUUACAGGGAGGACCUGGUGCGUCGUCCACUGGUUUCGGAAACUUUGAAGAAACUGGUCCAAAGCGAAUGAAUGGUUCUGAUAACAUGGCCACAUGGUUGCAAGUAGCUGAUCUCGUCUACGUUGACAACCCAGUUGGUGCAGGCUUCUCAUACGUAGAUGAUGAGUCAUCUCUUACUACAAAUGUUGCACAAAUCGGACAAGACUUGUUGUCAUGGUUGAAAGACUUCAUCUCUUUCCAUCCUGAAUACACCAAAAGACCUUUCUAUAUUUUCUGUGAAAGCUAUGGAGGAAAGAUGAGUGCUGAGUUCGCUCGUGUUAUCACUAACGAAGUUGCACAGAAGAGACUAACUCUGAAUUUCGCUGGUGUAGCAUUGGGAGAUUCGUGGAUUUCCCCCAUGGAUUAUGUCAACACCUGGGGUCCUUAUCUUUAUGCAAACUCGUUUUUGGAUGAAAACAGUUUGAAAACUGUUAAUGCUCAAGCUGCACGUUGUCAAAAAGAUGUAGAUCAAGGAAAAUGGAGCGCUGCCACCAACUGCUGGAGCACAAUGGAAGAUCUUAUCAUGGUCGAAGCAGGAGAUGUUUCCUGGUACAAUAUUUUGAAGAAAGGUGGUCAAGACGAUUGGUCAAAGAAGAGAAGAAAGAGAUCUACUAGAAACUAUGCAAUCCAAAACUUAUACGAAGCCUUGGUAAAGCCUAUGCAAUUGGACAGUCUCUCUGAUUAUAUGGAUACCAUUGUUCGUCAGAAGGUUGGCAUCAUUCCACCAUCAGUGAAGUUUGGAGCUCAGUCUGGAGCUGUUUUUAACGCGCAGUCAGGAGAUUUCAUGAAACCUGUCUACAGCACUGUAGAUCUUUUACUCAAGCAAGGAACAAAUGUGAUUGUAUACAACGGAAACGAAGAUUUGAUUUGUGAUACCUGGGGAACCAACCUUUGGAUUGAACGCUUAACUUGGGAUGGAAUGAAGUCUUUCAACACAACUCACAGACACACAUUCUCUACAGCCUCCCAUCCUUUAUCAGGCUUUUACAAAGUUCAUAACAAUUUCCAAUAUUGGUAUGUACUUCGUGCUGGUCACAUGGUUGCCUAUGAUACACCAGAAGCUGCCAUCCAUCUAGUUCAGUCAGUGAUCAAGUCCACCUCAAAGUAA